AUGCUUUUGUGUCCUUACUUGUUGUGCUGCUAUGUUUCCUUCUGUGUGCUCUUCCCCCCUCCCUCCCUCUUAAACGUUUCCUUCUGUGUGCCUCUCCUUCUCCCUCUCCCUCUCCCUCUUUCUCUCCCCCUACCACUCCCUCUACCACAAAAACUCUCCCUCCCUCUGGCUAUACCUUUCCCUCUCCCUUUAACUGUCUUCUCCCUCUCCCUUUGUCUCUUCCUCUUGCUCAGGCUCUCUCUUUCUCGUCCUUCUACUCUCUCCACCUACGGCAAGCCUGCAUCUACUCAUCCUCUCCGCCUUCACCUCUAUCGCUCUCCUCAACAAUCUGCUCCCUUCUUUACACAUGUGCCCCUUCUUUACACAUGUGCCCCUUCUUUACACAUGUGCCCCUUCUUUACACAUGUGCCCCUUCUUUACACAUGUGCCCCUUCUUUACACAUGUGCCCCUUCUUUACACAUGUGCCCCUUCUUUACACAUGUGCCCCUUCUUUACACAUGUGCCCCUUCUUUACACAUGUGCCCCUUCUUUACACAUGUGCCCCUUCUUUACACAUGUGCCCCUUCUUUACACAUGUGCCCCUUCUUUACACAUGUGCCCCUUCUUUACACAUGUGCCCCUUCUUUACACAUGUGCCCCUUCUUUACACAUGUGCCCCUUCUUUACACAUGUGCCCCUUCUUUACACAUGUGCCCCUUCUUUACACAUGUGCCCCUUCUUUACACAUGUGCCCCUUCUUUACACAUGUGCCCCUUCUUUACACAUGUGCCCCUUCUUUACACAUGUGCCCCUUCUUUACACAUGUGCCCCUUCUUUACACAUGUGCCCCUUCUUUACACAUGUGCCCCUUCUUUACACAUGUGCCCCUUCUUUACACAUGUGCCCCUUCUUUACACAUGUGCCCCUUCUUUACACAUGUGCCCCUUCUUUACACAUGUGCCCCUUCUUUACACAUGUGCCCCUUCUUUACACAUGUGCCCCUUCUUUACACAUGUGCCCCUUCUUUACACAUGUGCCCCUUCUUUACACAUGUGCCCCUUCUUUACACAUGUGCCCCUUCUUUACACAUGUGCCCCUUCUUUACACAUGUGCCCCUUCUUUACACAUGUGCCCCUUCUUUACACAUGUGCCCCUUCUUUACACAUGUGCCCCUUCUUUACACAUGUGCCCCUUCUUUACACAUGUGCCCCUUCUUUACACAUGUGCCCCUUCUUUACACAUGUGCCCCUUCUUUACACAUGUGCCCCUUCUUUACACAUGUGCCCCUUCUUUACACAUGUGCCCCUUCUUUACACAUGUGCCCCUUCUUUACACAUGUGCCCCUUCUUUACACAUGUGCCCCUUCUUUACACAUGUGCCCCUUCUUUACACAUGUGCCCCUUCUUUACACAUGUGCCCCUUCUUUACACAUGUGCCCCUUCUUUACACAUGUGCCCCUUCUUUACACAUGUGCCCCUUCUUUACACAUGUGCCCCUUCUUUACACAUGUGCCCCUUCUUUACACAUGUGCCCCUUCUUUACACAUGUGCCCCUUCUUUACACAUGUGCCCCUUCUUUACACAUGUGCCCCUUCUUUACACAUGUGCCCUUCUUUACACAUGUGCCCCUUCUUUACACAUGUGCCCCUUCUUUACACAUGUGCCCCUUCUUUACACAUGUGCCCCUUCUUUACACAUGUGCCCCUUCUUUACACAUGUGCCCCUUCUUUACACAUGUGCCCCUUCUUUACACAUGUGCCCCUUCUUUACACAUGUGCCCCUUCUUUACACAUGUGCCCCUUCUUUACACAUGUGCCCCCUUCUUUACACAUGUGCCCCUUCUUUACACAUGUGCCCCUUCUUUACACAUGUGCCCCUUCUUUACACAUGUGCCCCUUCUUUACACAUGUGCCCCUUCUUUACACAUGUGCCCCUUCUUUACACAUGUGCCCCUUCUUUACACAUGUGCCCCUUCUUUACACAUGUGCCCCUUCUUUACACAUGUGCCCCUUCUUUACACAUGUGCCCCUUCUUUACACAUGUGCCCCUUCUUUACACAUGUGCCCCUUCUUUACACAUGUGCCCCUUCUUUACACAUGUGCCCCUUCUUUACACAUGUGCCCCUUCUUUACACAUGUGCCCCUUCUUUACACAUGUGCCCCUUCUUUACACAUGUGCCCCUUCUUUACACAUGUGCCCCUUCUUUACACAUGUGCCCCUUCUUUACACAUGUGCCCCUUCUUUACACAUGUGCCCCUUCUUUACACAUGUGCCCCUUCUUUACACAUGUGCCCCUUCUUUACACAUGUGCCCCUUCUUUACACAUGUGCCCCUUCUUUACACAUGUGCCCCUUCUUUACACAUGUGCCCCUUCUUUACACAUGUGCCCCUUCUUUACACAUGUGCCCCUUCUUACACUGUGCCCCUUCUUUACACAUGUGCCCCUUCUUUACACAUGUGCCCCUUCUUUACACAUGUGCCAAUGCCCUUCUUUACACAUGUGCCCCUUCUUUACACAUGUGCCCCUUCUUUACACAUGUGCCCCUUCUUUACACAUGUGCCCCUUCUUUACACAUGUGCCCCUUCUUUACACAUGUGCCCCUUCUUUACACAUGUGCCCCUUCUUUACACAUGUGCCCCUUCUUUACACAUGUGCCCCUUCUUUACACAUGUGCCCCUUCUUUACACAUGUGCCCCUUCUUUACACAUGUGCCCCUUCUUUACACAUGUGCCCCUUCUUUACACAUGUGCCCCUUCUUUACACAUGUGCCCCUUCUUUACACAUGUGCCCCCUUCUUAACAUGUGCCCCUCUUACACAUGUGCCCCUUCUUUACACAUGUGCCCCUUCUUUACACAUGUGCCCCUUUCUUUACACAUGUGCCCCUUCUUUACACAUGUGCCCCCUUCUUUACACAUGUGCCCCUUCUUACACAUGUGCCCCUUCUUUACACAUGUGCCCCUUCUUUUACACAUGUGGCCCUCUCCUUUACACAUGUGCCCCCUUCUUUACACAUGUGCCCCUUCUUACACAUGUGCCCCUUCUUUACACAUGUGCCCCUUCUUUACACAUGUGCCCCUUCUUUACACAUGUGCCCCUUCUUUACACAUGUGCCCCUUCUUUACACAUGUGCCCCUUCUUUACACAUGUGCCCCUUCUUUACACAUGUGAUGUGCCCCUUCUUUACACAUGUGCCCCUUCUUUACACAUGUGCCCCUUCUUUACACAUGUGCCCCUUCUUUACACAUGUGCCCCUUCUUACACGUUGCCCUUUUACACAUGUGCCCCUUCUUUACACAUGUGCCCCUUCUUUACACAUGUGCCCCUUCUUUACACAUGUGCCCCUUCUUUACACAUGUGCCCCUUCUUUACACAUGUGCCCCUUCUUUACACAUGUGCCCCUUCUUUACACAUGUGCCCCUUCUUUACACAUGUGCCCCUUCUUUACACAUGUGCCCCUUCUUUACACAUGUGCCCCUUCUUUACACAUGUGCCCCUUCUUUACACAUGUGCCCCUUCUUUACACAUGUGCCCCUUCUUUACACAUGUGCCCCUUCUUUACACAUGUGCCCCUUCUUUACACAUGUGCCCCUUUUUUCCCCUUUUUACACAUGUGCCCCUUCUUUACACAUGUGCCCCCUUCUUUACACAUGUGCCCCUUCUUUACACAUGUGCCCCUUCUUUACACAUGUGCCCCUUCUUUACACAUGUGCCCCUUCUUUACACAUGUGCCCCUUCUUUACACAUGUGCCCCUUCUUUACACAUGUGCCCCUUCUUUACACAUGUGCCCCUUCUUUACACAUGUGCCCCUUCUUUACACAUGUGCCCCUUCUUUACACAUGUGCCCCUUCUUUACACAUGUGCCCCUUCUUUACACAUGUGCCCCUUCUUUACACAUGUGCCCCUUCUUUACACAUGUGCCCCUUCUUUACACAUGUGCCCCUUCUUUACACAUGUGCCCCUUCUUUACACAUGUGCCCCUUCUUUACACAUGUGCCCCUUCUUUACACAUGUGCCCCUUCUUUACACAUGUGCCCCUUCUUUACACAUGUGCCCCUUCUUUACACAUGUGCCCCUUCUUUACACAUGUGCCCCUUCUUUACACAUGUGCCCCUUCUUUACACAUGUGCCCCUUCUUUACACAUGUGCCCCUUCUUUACACAUGUGCCCCUUCUUUACACAUGUGCCCCUUCUUUACACAUGUGCCCCUUCUUUACACAUGUGCCCCUUCUUUACACAUGUGCCCCUUCUUACACAUGUGCCCCUUCUUUACACAUGUGCCCCCUUCUUUACACAUGUGCCCCUUCUUUACACAUGUGCCCCUUCUUUACACAUGUGCCCCUUCUUUACACAUGUGCCCCUUCUUUACACAUGUGCCCCUUCUUUACACAUGUGCCCCUUCUUUACACAUGUGCCCCUUCUUUACACAUGUGCCCCUUCUUUACACAUGUGCCCCUUCUUUACACAUGUGCCCCUUCUUUACACAUGUGCCCCUUCUUUACACAUGUGCCCCUUCUUUACACAUGUGCCCCUUCUUUACACAUGUGCCCCUUCUUUACACAUGUGCCCCUUCUUUACACAUGUGCCCCUUCUUACACAUGUGCCCCUUCUUUACACAUGUGCCCCUUCUUUACACAUGUGCCCCCUUCUUUACACAUGUGCCCCUUCUUUACACAUGUGCCCCUUCUUUACACAUGUGCCCCUUCUUUACACAUGUGCCCCUUCUUUACACAUGUGCCCCUUCUUUACACAUGUGCCCCUUCUUUACACAUGUGCCCCUUCUUUACACAUGUGCCCCUUCUUUACACAUGUGCCCCUUCUUUACACAUGUGCCCCUUCUUUACACAUGUGCCCCUUCUUUACACAUGUGCCCCUUCUUUACACAUGUGCCCCUUCUUUACACAUGUGCCCCUUCUUUACACAUGUGCCCCUUCUUUACACAUGUGCCCCUUCUUACACAUGUGCCCCUUCUUUACACAUGUGCCCCUUCUUUACACAUGUGCCCCUUCUUUACACAUGUGCCCCUUCUUUACACAUGUGCCCCUUCUUUACACAUGUGCCCCUUCUUUACACAUGUGCCCCUUCUUUACACAUGUGCCCCUUCUUUACACAUGUGCCCCUUCUUUACACAUGUGCCCCUUCUUUACACAUGUGCCCCUUCUUUACACAUGUGCCCCUUCUUUACACAUGUGCCCUUCUACCAUGUGCCCCUUCUUUACACAUGUGCCCCUUCUUUACACAUGUGCCCCUUCUUUACACAUGUGCCCCUUCUUUACACAUGUGCCCCUUCUUACACAUGUGCCCCUUCUUUACACAUGUGCCCCUUCUGUACACAUGUGCCCCUUCUUUACAAUGUGCCCCUUCUUACACAUGUGCCCCUUCUUUACACAAUGUGCCCCUUCUUUACACAUGUGCCCCCUUCUGUACACAUGUGCCCCUUCUUUACACAUGUGCCCCUUCUUUACACAUGUGCCCUUCUUUACACAUGUGCCCCCUAUCUUUACACAUGUGCCCCUUCUUUACACAUGUGCCCCUUCUUUACACUGUGCCCCUUCUUUACACAUGUGCCCCUUCUUUACACAUGUGCCCCCUUCUUUACACAUGUGCCCCUUCUUUACACAUGUGCCCCUUCUUUAA